GCUUAUCCACUCAAUCUCUCUUCUUCGCGCUCCAUCGUCCUCCCAAUGUGCGACUGCGCGUCGCUAUCCUCUCCUCCGCCGGACGUGGGAGCUCGCAAGUCUGUCCUCCGCCAUUUCUCCUUGAUUCCAGGUUCCCGGCGAUACAAGCUCAGAUUCCAUUCAAACCCAUGUAAAUCGAUCAAACUUCUCAAAGAUCUGGCUUCCGGAAACCAGAGAUUUAGGAUAACCAGAGGAAUCCCGGUACGUGUUUGUGCAAGUUCCGGUGAGUCCUCUCACCGGAGGUUUGAGGGCGAUGAUGGUCCAGUACAUGCGGCAGCUCCGCUGGAUGAUAGGUUGGACUUUCUUGGGUUGAAGAGGGAGGUGGAGAAGGAGGAAAGCCCCUCAGAUGGUGGUGAGGAUGUUAGAGAGACUGUUGAGCAGACGAGACCGAGGAGGAGGGUGAUGAAAAGAUCGAGCUUGAUGGCGAAGCAAGUGAUUAGCGUGAGGUCUGCGCGCAACUUGGGUUUUGUCUCGCAGCUCUGGGUCGACACCCGAUCGUGGGUGGUGGUUUUGCUUGAAGCAAGACCCAAUUUGCUUUCUGGAGAAAAUGAUAAAUUUUAUUUGGAGGAUGUAUACCAGGUAGGCGAUGUCGUUCUUGUCCAAGAUGAGAGCUGGAUUGAAAAUAAUGAGCUCAGGAUGGCCAAACUAGAUACUUUGGUAGGAUACAGAGUUAUUACUUCAAACCGGCUAACUUUGGGGAAAGUUCGAGGAUACACCUUUGACAUAAAUUCUGGAGUUGUGGAUUCAGUUGAGCUUGACUCACUUGGCAUUUCGAUCAUUCCAUCUAGUUUGGUGAGCACUUACUGUUUGUUUGUUGAAGAUGUGCUUGAAGUGGUUGCAGACACCAUUGUUGUAAAUGAAGAUGCUGUCUCUCGAGUCCAAAUGUUAACAAAGGGCUUUUUGGAUACUCCAAAUGCAAUUACUUCUGGCAAUGACUUGGAUGAAUAUUCUGAUACUGGAAAACGAAGGCAUCGUGUGGUCCAAAGCCGACAACUCAAGUGGACUGAUUCCAAACACCCAAAGGCCUCGAAUAAAAUGAGAGAAUUUGAAGAUGAAUGGGACCUUCCCAUGGAUUAUUGACAAGGUUCAUCAUACUUGCAGUUCAUUGACUUUGGCUUUUUCUGAAUCCCGCACAAUCUCUUUCAUGUGGCUGGAUGUUAGUCUUGCUGAUGUGUAUGUGCAUGUGUAUGUGUAUGUGUAUGUUCAAACAACAAGAGCUCUAAGUAUAGUGGCCGACAUGAAAUCUCACACAAUGUAGACUUCAUGUCAUAUGUAUUUCCAGGUUAGCUUGAUUAGAUUUCCUCCCCAUCCUUUUCAUGGCAAUUGUUGUUGUAUUUUCCUGUUAAUCAACUUGCUUCUGUGCAGCUGCUAUUGAACUGAAGCUGUUGGUUGCCGACAAGUUCCUGCAUUAGAAGCAGCUUGAAUUUGAGGUCUAGAACUCUAGAAGUCUAAAAAAUUGUGUAUUUGUUAUUUGCCUUGUGUGUAUUCUCACUUGUAAAAAUUUCAUAUUAUGUUUUAAUUUUUAGCACAUUUGAUGUCUCUCAUACA